GAAGUUAUCGGGUUGAUUUUUUUGUUCAAGAAUGAGAGUUUGUUUACUUUUCGACUUUAAGUGAUUUUUCCGAAAGAAAAACGAUGGAAAACUUUACAAAUGCUCCCCCAGGACUCAAAUCUCUCUUUGAUGAAUGCCGAAGAGUGUAUCCUGAUCAGAAGAAUCCCCUGCAAGUUAGCACUAUUCUGAAAUACUGGUUGGGAGGAAAUGACGUCCUUGACUACAUCACUAUGUAUGACAAUAAAGGGGAUCCUGCAAGGAAUAUCCCACCUCACUGGCAUUAUGUAUCCUUUGGGCUGUCUGACCUGCACGGAGAUGGAAGAGUCCAUAUUCCAGAACCAUCAGCAGACUUGGAGUUUCGUUCAGGAAUGGGAUUCGAAUUGACUUUUCGUCUCCUGAAGACUGACGACAAGAAUCAGCGUCCACCAACUUGGCCUGCAAAUCUCUUGCAAGAUCUUGCCCGAUAUGUUUUUACGACUGGGAAUCGUUUUUGCGUGGGAGACAACAUUCCCUGGCCGAAAAAAUCUCUGGACAAUACGGAUUCUAAAAUUCUUCAUAUGCUCAUUGCUGAAGAUGCUCAGCUUAGAAGGAAAGAAACCCCCUUUGGCUGGGUGGAUUUUUGUCAAAUAGUCGGAGUGACUAGUGAGGAGCUCGAGCAAGCAUCCCGAUGGAAUGGCAAGGGUGUCCUCAAUCUUCUCAGUAAUAAUCCAAUGACGGGAGGCGAAUUUCUCGUAACGGAUAUGAAGAGAUCCAAAAGUGUCUUUGAGCUCUUUCCCGAAACUCUCCGUGAGCUUGAGGAUGAUCUGGAAAAAGAAGGUUCAGAUUUAGUUGGCGUGAAUGCUGAAUUUACCUUUAAAGAAUUUCCAGCUAUCUCCAUCAAACAAGAAGUCAAAACGGAUGAUUAUCCCGAAAUGCCCGCCAUGGAUGUUAGCCGAGAAUAUAUUUCAAUGAAAGCUGAAGAAUUCUCACCGUUUUCCUCUUCAAUGAGUACCAGCAACUCCCUAAGCAUGAGCGGACCAAUUGAUACGAAACCCCUAACAGGACACUCAGUUCCCCUGGGUGGAAUUGAAUUUACCCUAGCCCCCUAUGCCACCAAAUUCCUCGUGCUCGCCAUAAAGGAUCGCAUUAGACACGGUCGCCACUUUACAUUCAAGAGUCAGAGUCUCGCCGUGACAUUUGUGGCGGAAUCAGUGACGGGAGCAAUGGUAAAUCGUCGACAUCCCUACGCCCUCAUUGGCUACUGGAUGCAGAUUCUCAUCCCCGAUGACUUGGUACCACGUAUGCUGAACGCCUUUGAGGGAAUCACCGAAAAAUUUAACAAUCUCAGCCUCCCCAUGGAAUUUGAAUUCCUCGACAAGGGUUUGAAAAUCAUCAUUGACAAUCCACGUAUGACUGAAUCGAAAAUCUUCCUGCCAUGAACCCCACCGACAUGUGCCUCGAAAUUCUUUCGUAUUUUAUACUUAAUCGUAUAUUCUCCCUUGACUAAGCAACUUUUUUUUUAUAUCUUCCACAAAUUCUCCACGAAGAAUUUAAUAUACAGAUUUUUUAUACUUAUAAAA